AUGGUUGUCGUUAGGAAAAAGACAGGAGCUGUCAGGAUAUGUGUGAACAUGAAACCCCUCAAUGAGACUGUACUACGAGAGAUUUACCCCAUACCCAAAGUGGACGACACACUUACUCAAUUGGCGGGAGCCACAACGUUUAGCAAAAUCGACGCUAAUAGUGGGUUUUGGCAGAUUCCUCUAAAGGUGGAAUCUAGGCUACUGACUACCUUGGUCACCCCUCACGGACGGUACUGCUUCAACGAGUUACCAUUUGGCAUCGCUAGUGCGCCCAAGCUUUUCCAGCGGCAAAUGAACAAGAUUCUUUCGGGACUACCUGGAGUAUUGUGUCACAUGGACGAUGUCCUCAUAUUCGGAACAAAUUACGUACUUGGUCGCCAAUUUCAUAUCAAGACCAACCACAAGCCGUUAGUUCCUUUGCUUAUCACUAAGCAAUUGGACAGGUUACCGCCAAGAAUUGUUCGUUUUCGACUUCGUUUAGCGAGAUACGACUUCACGAAUGAACAUGUACCUGGGAAACUGCUUUAUACAGCUGACACGUUGCCAAGAACACCCCUACCAGAACAGAUCACAGAGGAUUCUCUGCAGAACGACGUUGAGACCUUCAUCAAUGAGGUAGUUGCUAAUUUACCAAAUACAACGGACAGACUACAAAUGUAUCGAGAAGCACAAGCUAGAAAUGCCACGUGUGCCCAAGUGAUGCAGUACUGUCAGCCUAGGUAUCCACAGAGCAACAGACUCGUGGAGCGAAUGGUCAAAUCCAUCAAACAACUACUGACAAAGGUGGAUGACCCACACCGCGCGCUGCUGGCUUACACAUCCACGCCACUGCCUUGGUGCACUCUCAGUCCUUCAGAAUUGCUCAUGGGAAGACGAUUGAGAACAAAGAUACCGCAGUCGACAGCACAACUCACCCCACACUGGGAUUAUCUUAAGGAGUUUUAUGAAGCAAAAAAUCUUUUCAAAAGUAAAGAACUAGCUCAAGGGACAAUCGGCGGUCCAGGCCACACUCCACGAUCCAAUGUCAUCAAAACAGAAAAAGGGAAAGUGAGGAGAAAUAGAGAACACUUGAAAGCUAUCCCAAAAUUUGGCACUUCACCUGAAAUCGAAACUCCGCACAAUACGGAAACUGGUCAAACGGCACCAACUAGGCCAUAA